GUUGGCGUUGCGGCAGAAAAUCCAAGCGGAUCACAGGAGGGAGGAGAGGAGGGAACCGAGCAGUGGAGCACCAUCGGCAUCGGCGUCGCCAUUUGCCGGUGCCGCACCGCACCCCCUUUAUAUCCCCCGUCUCCCACCUCUUUCGCCUCCCCUAUUUCCCAUCCCACCACCCACCCUGCCCCGACCCCGAGCGCAAAGCCAGCGCAGCGCCCAUCUCCUUCUUCCUCCUCGUUGGAUCGCAGCUCCUUGUUCCUCGCGUCCGAUACGCCAGGUUUUCCUUCUGCGAGCAACAAUUCUUGGCGCGCGCGCGCACUCGCAAUGGCGUCCACGUCCAGCUCGACGCCAGCGGCGGAGGUGGAGGAGAGGGGCCGGAAGCGGAAGCGCGCGGCCGGGGCGGCGCCGACGCAGCCGUCCGAGUGGCGGACGCGGCGCGAGCACGAGAUCUACUCGUCCAGGCUCCUCGAGGCGAUCCGCCUCGUGCGCGCGGGGCCCUCCUCCGCCGCCGCCGCCAAGGCGGCCCCGACGCGCAGCAGGGCCGUGCGCGAGGCGGCCGACCGCGCGCUCGCGGUCGCGGCGCGCGGGCGCACGCACUGGAGCCGCGCCAUCCUCGCGUCCCACCGCCGCCGCCUCCAGGCCGCGCACCGCGCGCGCCUUCGCGCCCCCGCGUCCCCGCCUCCGCGCCACGGCGCCUCCGCGGCGAAGGGCACCGCCGCGCUGCCUCCGGUGGCGAGGAAGGCCAUGGUGCUGGGCCGGCUGGUGCCCGGCUGCCGGAAGCUGUCGUUUCCGACGCUCCUCGCCGAGACCACGGACUACAUCGCGGCGCUCCAGAUGCAGGUCCGCGCCAUGACGGCCCUCGCCGAGGCGCUGUCCGCCGUCUCCUCAUCAUCUUCCGGCGCCGGCUCUUCCCCUUCCUCCUCGCCGGCGUGACCAACAUUCGUGGAUUCGUUGUAAAUUUUUUUUCCGUCUAUUUUUUCCCUCGCCCCGAAUUUUUCCUCGGGAUUAGUUAACCGCUAGCUUUCCCUCUUUCUAGUUUCCUUUGUCGUCUUGUUUCUCCCAGUUCGGUGAGCGGUUAGUGUUAUGAUGAAGACGACGACGACGACGAUGGCGUCCCAGCGAUUAACCCGUGCUGUAAUAUGUGAUAGAAGAAGCCGUAGCCCACAGUGGUUUUGCUGUCUCUAUCCUCUCCUCCCUCCGGCUCAGGAUUCUUUUGUAGCUUGGUUUGUUCUCACCUGCUUCGAUUCGCUCUCCGAUGAAUGCAGCUUGAAAUGUUGGUUCAGAUCACGUCAUCGUGUAUGAUGCAUCCUUUCAUGUGCUUCUUGCUCAACAUCCUGUAGCAUUUUCUCCAUGGCUUGC